GGCCGCACCGACACCCCGCGCUCCUCCUCCCUGCCCGCCCGCCCGGCCUUCCCGCCGCUCCCUCCCGGUCCCCGCGGGCCUGCCCUCUAAGCGGCCCUUCCCAGCACCCCGGGACUCCCCGUCCCCACCGGCCGGGGGAGGCCCGGGGGCUGGGAAGCGGCGGUUUCUGCGGGUGGGGGAGGCCGCCUGCUGGAGUGGCUGGGACUCCGCGGCCGGCGGGAGCUCGCCGGUGCAUGGGCGGGGAGGCCCCGCCGCCGGCCGUGAGAUGAGCGGAGCGCGGGGCCCAGCCUAGAGCCGCUCCCCCCCCUCCCCCCGGGAGCCACCGGCAGCCAUGGCAUCUGAGGAGGCCUCUCUAAGGGCUUUGGAGAGUCUGAUGACAGAGUUUUUCCACAACUGCACAACGAACGAGCGGAAACGCGAGAUCGAGGAGCUUUUAAAUAACUUUGCCCAGCAAAUAGGAGCCUGGAGAUUCUGCCUCUAUUUUCUCUCAAGCACAAGGAAUGACUAUGUCAUGAUGUACAGUUUGACAGUGUUUGAGAACUUAAUCAACAAGAUGUGGCUUGGGGUCCCAUCUCAAGACAAAAUGGAGAUCCGCAGCUGCCUGCCCAAGCUCCUUCUGGCUCACCACAAAACUCUGCCUUACUUCAUCAGGAACAAACUCUGCAAGGUCAUUGUGGAUAUCGGUCGCCAAGACUGGCCCAUGUUCUACCAUGACUUUUUCACCAACAUCUUGCAGUUAAUCCAGUCUCCUGUCACCACUCCUCUGGGGCUGAUCAUGUUGAAAACAACUUCAGAAGAGCUGGCGUGUCCCCGGGAGGAUCUCAGCGUGGCCCGGAAAGAAGAGCUUCGGAAGCUGCUCCUGGAGCAGGUGCAGACAGUGCUGGGGCUCCUCACAGGUAUUUUGGAGAGCAUCUGGGACAAGCACAGUGUUACUGCUGCCACUCCACCACCAUCCCCAACGUCAGGAGAAAGUGGUGACCUGCUGAGUAGCCUGUUGCAGAGUCCCAGUGCGGCCAAGCUAUUAAACCAGCCCAUCCCCAUCCUGGAUACAGAAAAUGAAUAUAUAUGUUCGCUGGCACUGGAGUGCCUGGCACACCUCUUCAGCUGGAUCCCUUUGUCCACCAGCAUCACCCCUUCCCUCCUCACCACCAUUUUCCACUUCGCCCGCUUCGGCUGCGACACCCGCGCGCGGAAGAUGUCGGCGGUCAACGGCAGCAGCCACAACUCCCUCCUGGGACAGGAACGUGGCCGACUGGGGGUCCUGGCAAUGUCUUGCAUCAACGAACUGAUGUCUAAGAACUGUGUGCCUAUGGAGUUUGAAGAAUAUUUGCUCCGGAUGUUCCAGCAGACUUUCUACCUCCUGCAGAAGAUAACCAAGGAGAACAACGCCCACACGGUGAAGAGCCGGCUAGAGGAGCUGGACGAAAGAGUACUGUGCUGGGGGAGACAGGCAGAAAGCUACAUUGAGAAGUUUACGGAUUUUCUCCGUCUCUUUGUGAGUGUCCAUCUGCGAAGGAUCGAAUCCUACUCCCAGUUCCCCGUGGUUGAAUUCCUGGCACUGUUGUUCAAAUACACUUUUCAUCAGCCUACCCAUGAAGGUUACUUUUCUUGCUUGGACAUCUGGACACUCUUCUUGGACUAUCUGACUAGCAAAAUUAAAAGUCGCCUGGCAGACAAAGAAGCAGUACUCAACAGGUACGAAGAUGCUUUGGUUCUGUUGCUGACUGAGGUGUUGAACCGAAUCCAGUUCCGGUAUAACCAGGCACAGCUGGAAGAGCUGGAUGACGAGACACUGGACGAUGAUCAGCAGACCGAGUGGCAGCGGUACUUGCGCCAGAGCUUGGAAGUGGUUGCAAAAGUCAUGGAGCUCUUGCCAACUCAUGCCUUCUCCACCCUAUUUCCAGUUCUGCAGGAUAACUUGGAAGUGUAUCUGGGACUCCAGCAGUUUGUGGUCACUUCAGGGACAGGGCACAGGCUGAACAUCACGGCAGAGAACGACUGUCGCCGGCUGCACUGCUCCCUGAGGGACCUCAGCUCCCUGCUGCAGGCCGUGGGCAGGCUGGCAGAGUACUUCACUGGAGAUGUGUUUGCUGCAAGGUUCAACGAUGCUCUGACAGUGGUGGAGAGGUUGGUGAAGGUAACACUCUAUGGAUCCCAGAUUAAACUGUACAACAUCGAAACCGCUGUGCCCUCCGUGCUGAAGCCUGACCUCAUCGAUGUCCAUGCCCAGUCCCUGGCAGCCCUGCAGGCCUAUGCCCACUGGUUGGCACAGUUCUACAGUGAAGUUCACCGCCAGAACCCAGAGCAGUUCAUCUCCCUCGUCUCCACCGCGCUGGAGGCCAUCACACCCCUCAUCAGCUCCAAGGUGCAGGAGAAGCUGCUGCUGUCUGCGUGCCACCUCCUGGUCUCUUUAGCCACCACAGUGCGCCCCGUGUUCCUGAUCAGCAUCCCAGCAGUGCAGAAGGUGUUCAACAGGAUCACUGACACCUCAGCUCAGCGCCUUCCUGAUAAGGCCCAGGUGCUGGUGUGCAGAGCAUUGUCAAACAUCUUGUUGCUGCCCUGGCCAAAUCUUCCAGAGGGGGAGCAGCAAUGGGCCGUCCGCUCCACCAACCACGCCAGCCUCAUCUCUGCCCUCACCAGAGAAUAUCACCAAUUAAAGUCCAACACCAUCUUGCCACAGAGGAAAGUGCAGCUGGAGGAUACCAAAGUGAUCAUCCAUCAGACCCUCAGCGUUUUAGAAGACAUUGUAGAAAGUAUCUCUGGAGAAUCCACCAAGUCUCGGCAGAUCUGUUACCAGUCGCUGCAAGAAUCUGUGCAGGUCUCACUAGCCCUCUUCCCAGCUUUCAUUCACCAGUCAGAUGUGACAGAUGAGAUGCUGAGCUUCUUCCUCACUCUGUUUCAAGGCCUGAGGGUGCAGAUGGGAGUGCCUUUCACUGAGCAGAUCAUACAGACCUUCCUAAACAUGUUCACCAGGGAGCAGUUGGCAGAGAGCAUCCUCCAUGAGGGCAGCACUGGCUGUCGGGUGGUGGAGAAGUUUCUGAAGAUACUGCAAGUGGUGGUACAAGAGCCAGGCCAAGUGUUCAAGCCUUUUCUCCCCAGUGUCAUCUCCCUGUGCAUGGAGCAGGUCUACCCCAUCAUUGCUGAGCGCUCAUCUCCUGAUGUGAAGGCAGAGUUGUUUGAGCUGCUUUUCCGGGUCCUCCACCACAACUGGAGGUACUUCUUCAAGUCCAGUGUGCUGGCCAGUGUCCAACGAGGAGCAGCAGAGGAGCAGGUGGAGAAUGAAGCACAGUUCAGUGCCAUCAUGCAGGCAUUUGGCCAGUCCUUCCUGCAACCUGACAUCCACCUGUUCAAGCAGAAUCUCUUCUACUUGGAGACCCUGAACACCAAGCAGAAGCUGUACCACAAGAAGAUCUUCAGGACAACCAUGCUGUUCCAGUUUGUGAACGUGCUGCUCCAGGUGCUUGUCCACAAGUCACACGACCUGUUGCAGGAGGAGAUUGGCAUUGCCACCUACAAUAUGGCCUCAGUGGACUUUGAUGGCUUCUACUCAGCCUUUCUCCCCGAGUUCCUGGCCAGCUGUGAUGGUGUGGACUCCAACCAGAAAAACGUGCUGGGAAGGAAUUUCAAAAUGGACAGGGACCUGCCCUCGUUUACCCAGAACGUGCACAGACUGGUGAACGACCUGCGUUACUACAGACUCUGCAAUGACAGUUUGCCCCCUGGAACUGUGAAACUAUAGUUACUGCACUGGACUCCUGGUUUGAUCACUGUAGGGAACGGAUCCAUGUCUCCUUUUGCCACCACCUUCUUCUCCUCCCUGGUUUUGUCAGUCCUGCAGGACACACCAUGUCUUGCACGUGGGCACGUCUUGGAUUCACACGCCACGCUUCCUUCUCUCCUUGCCCCCCUCUCCCAACCCAAAAGGCCCCCAGCUGGAGUCAGCACUGUCUGCAGGAUGUGUCUUAAUGCCCAGGGCCAUCUCAGCUGGAUGGAAAGUCCUCUCACUGGGGUUUGGUUCUGCUAAUGGAGCCCUUUGUUGUGUCCAGAGAUCUCAGUGGAGUCGUCUUGAGAGAGAACAUGUUGUCUGGAGAGAACAUGCACGUGUCCAACGUCAGGCAGAAGAGCCAAAGACCACUUCAGACAUUCAUACCUUCGUGUCAUUCCACCUUCCUGCCCCUGCCCAGCUCUCAGAGGAGGAGUCUCGUGAUGUUGGGACUGUUUUGGCACUUCUGUCACUCCCUUUUUGUUUUUAAAUUGCCUUGAAAACCUCCCCGGUGCGGGUGGGGAUUAAGAGACUUUUUUUUGGGGGGGGGGUUGUUUUUGUUUAUGUUUUGUUUGUUUUUUUAAAACGUUUUCUCAUCAUUCCAUUGUGAUACUAAAACAAGAUGCUUCAUGGAAAUAAAGUGCUUACUUUGUUGUUUUAAAGAA